GCCCUCCACUAGAUCAUCUCCUCCUCUUCCAUCCAGUUUUCAACAAUACUUAAUUAAUAAAGCUACUAGACUAGACUAGACAAAACCCUCUUAGCAAUUCAAUUAUGGAUGGAUGGAUGGAUCGAUUCGUCCCGCCAUUAAUGACUGACUGAGUAGCAAGCAGCCGCCCCCCGUUUAAAUUUCUUCAAUAUUAUUAACCUGUCUGUCUGUCUGUCUGUCUGUAUCUUUCUUCUACACAAGUACUGAAGCUAUCUAGCAAAGUAAGCAAGUUUGAUGAUGGAGGUGGGACGUCGAUCUUUGGCAGAAACCCCAACAUGGGCAGUUGCUACCGUCGUCACUGUAAUGGUUUCCCUCGGCUUCUGCAUCCAUUCAGCUCUCACCAAAUUUGGCAAGUGGCUGGAUAGGACCAAGAGGAAGCACCUGCUGGCUGCACUCGUCAAGAUCAAGGAAGAGGUGAUGGUGUUCGGAGUUUUGUCAUUGCUGAUGGGGCAUUGGAUCAUCUUUGUGGCCAAAAUCUGCGUCAAGUCGUCGGCAAUGAGCAGUCGGUUCUACCCUUGUGCUGCUAUGAACAAUCAUCAUCAUCAGCUGCAUCUAUUGAAUCAUUCCAUUGGUCGAGUUUUGUUGGACAAUUUGCACAAGGAUUUUUGCCCUGAGGAUCGCCAACCGUUUGUCUCGUACGAGAGCCUCGAGCAACUACACCGUUUUUUGUUCGUUCUAGGUGUUACCCAUGUCUCCUACAGCUUUUUAGCCGUCGCGCUAGCUAUGAUCAAGAUAUACAGCUGGCGAACAUGGGAGAAUCAUGCCAAGACAAUGGCCUUUCGCGGCCUUCUAACAAUGGACACUUCCUCGGAUUGCAGAGAUGGCGUAAGAAUGAGGCGCCUGUCGACUUUCAUCUCGCAUCAGACUUCUCACCCGUGGAGUCGACACAGAGUUCUUGUUUGGCUGCUCUGUUUCAGCCGCCAGUUUUGGAGUUCGAUUAACCAAGCAGACUACAUGGCUCUUCGACUCGGCUUUAUUACUACUCAUCAACUUCCUUUUACCUACGACUUUCAUAACUACAUGCUUCGGAGCAUGGAGGAAGAGUUUUGCGACAUUGUUGGCAUUAGCAUACCUCUUUGGAUUUUUGCGAUUGUCUGCAUUGUUCUCGGCUUCCAUGGAACAAACAUAUACUUGUGGAUAUCGUUCCUGCCGGUCAUCUUGAUUCUCCUGGUGGGAACGAAACUGCAUCGGAUCGUUGUGAAGCUGGCCGUUGAAAUCGUAGAUUCGAGUGGAUGGACAGGAUUUCAGCAGUUCAAUCUAAGGGAUGAGCUCUUCUGGUUUGGGAAUCCCACCCUCAUUCUCCGACUCAUACAGUUUGUAUCUUUCCAGAAUGCGUUUGAGAUGUCGAUAUAUUUGUGGUCGCUGUGGGAAAUCAGGGGAGUUUCGUGCUACAAUGGAGACCGUACGUUCCUCAUAAUUCGCCUCAUGUUCGGGGUUGUGUCCCAAUUCUGGUGCAGCUUCGUCACCUUCCCGCUCUAUGUCAUAAUCGCACAAAUGGGUUCCAAGUUCAAGAAAACGAUAGUAUCAGAAAACGUGAGGAGAUCACUCCAUGGGUGGCGGAGGAAGGUCAAUAACACUACAACACAUCACGCCAUUCCUGCUGCUGCUAACGGAAACAGCACCGGCAACAAUAUCCAACUUAGAGACUUAGGGUUAGAGUUAGAGCCCAUCAUCAUCUCAAAUGAGGGGGAAGAGGAUCAUGAGAAAUAAUCUUUCUUUUCUUGUCUUUCCAAAAUUGCUUCCACACCACUCAUAACACAAUUUUUUUUCUCUAGCUAGUAGAUAUUAUGCUCUUUUCGUCUUAUUCAAAGCUUAUUAUUUUUCA